UGUGGUAGUAAUGUUCAGUCCUGACGGAAGUGGGGGAAUGUGAGUGUUGCUUGAGAAACUUUUUAGUUGUAAUAAUCGUAGUAAUCCUACCAUAUCUGUUGUAGGAAUUGCAUGCUAGAUGGCGGACAUUGUACAAGAAAUUGCAGCUGCAGCCAUGUCUUCGCCAUCUCCAACGAAAUCACCAAGGAAGGCAGUAAAGGAUAAAAAUACAAAGCGUGGUAAACCUAGAAACUACGACCUAGGGAAUGGCGUUUACAGGUUCAGUCGUACUCGCAUGUACCAUAAGAAGGCGCUGUACAAGUUUGUUGGCAAGAAAACGGAAAAGAAGGUUAAGCCAGUCAAGCCAAAAACAAUUGAGAAAAAGAUUGGUGGAGAGAAAAAUGGAGAAACGCGUAUAGUUCUGCUUAAAAAGAGGAGAAAUUAUUACCCUACUGCUGAUAAGAUUAAGCCCCACCAUAGCAAGAAGUGUUUCUCGCAGCAUAAACGUUACACACGUUCAUCACUGACUCCAGGAACUAUCUGCAUACUGCUUGCAGGACCUCAUAAAGGCAAACGUGUUGUACUGCUCAAAGUGUUUGCAUCUGGACUGCUGCUUGUUACAGGGCCCUUCAAGAUCAAUGCUUGUCCUUUGCGUCGUGUGAGCCAAAACUUUGUGAUUGCCACGAGAACGAAGUUGGAUAUUUCAGGCGUGAAGUUGCCAGAAGGCAUAAGUGACAAAUACUUCAAGAGAAAUAGGCAGAAGCGUCCAAAGAAAGCAGAAGGUGACAUAUUCAAAGCCAAAAAGGAGGCAUACAAGCCUUCAGAACAGCGCAAAGCAGAUCAGCUAUUGGUUGACAAACAGAUCAUAGGAGUGAUCAGGAAACAUCCAGAGAAGAAGCAUCUUUUUACUUAUUUGUCAGCGAUGUUUGGACUUCGUAGCAGCCAAUAUCCACAUCGUAUGAAAUUCUAAGAUGAAAGCUGUGUAAUCCCUAGUGUUUGUUCUUGUUUAAUCUUUGAAUAGAUUAAAUUCUGGGGAGAUCUAAAA